AUACAAAGCGAAAAAAAUCUGAAAAUAUACAACGCAAAGCAAACAGAUCCUUUGAUUCAUACAGCAAAUCACAGAAAACGGGUGUUUGUUCAGAUUUAAUCCAUCUGGAGGUUACCCUACGAAAAUAUCAUCUUCCUAGUACAGUGUUGCACUGCUAUGGAUUCAUUCCAUUCCCAUCGUUCGACGGAGAAAAUGUGAAACGUGUCCAAACUGUCGGUCGUCAUUAGAGUGCAAUAAGUUCGCGAGAGUGCUUAGAAUAAUUCCAGUGUGAAGUUUCUUAGGGUCAGCUGAUAGUGCACCAAUUAACAUUCAAGCAUGACCCUUGGCGACCUGCAGUACGCAAGCUGACCGCAAAAGUGAUUUCUGCAGUCUCUUUGUUUCUCGACAACACCCUGCGAUCAGGAGCUGAGAUAAGCCGAAACCAGCAGCCCACUUCAUGCAUCAUCGAGCAGCAUUUUGCCAUACGGCGAGCGCAUAGGGUGAUUGUGAAAAUAAAACAAAGAUUGUGCCACUAAUUCGACGACUGCAGCAAUCACUUCCACAUGCAAAUCAACGUAACGUCUGUUACGUUAACAGCAAAUUUGACCAGCCAUAGGGGCGACAUAUCAAUUUAGCACAAAAAAUUAACAACGCACCACCGCUGACGGUGGAAAAGAAGUCGUGCAAAAAUAUUGGAUACCCUUUCCUACCUCGGGGAAGUCGCUAUGUUCAACUGUUGUGGCAGACGCUAUGACUACCGCCCCAUCGAUCUUGCAUUUCAACCGAGCGGCUUCGGCAUCCGCCACGUGCAGACGCUUCUACUUUUCUUCGGCCUUACUGUUGCGUAUGCCCUGCGGGUUAACCUCUCGGUCGCCAUCGUGGCGAUGGUCGACAAAAAUGCCGCCAACAAAGACUUCGAGGAAUUCGACUGGGAUCAAAAGACGCAAUCGGUGAUUCUGAGCAGCUUUUUCUGGGGCUACGUCGUCACGCAGAUUCCAGCCGGCCAGAUGGCACAGAGAUUCGGGGCAAAGAUUCUACUGCUUUUUUCGUUGGGAAUUUGCUCCUCGCUGGCCGUUCUAACGCCAAUAUGUGCCAACAUCGGGGGAAGCAAGCUGGUAGUAGGUCUUCGGAUAUUGCAGGGCCUUAGCCAGGGUUUUAUUUUUCCAUCAACGCACACUUUACUGUCCAAAUGGGCACCGGUCUCAGAGCGGGGACGAUUAGGAACAUACUGCUACGCAGGAGCUCAGUUUGGUACAGUGAUUAUGUUGGCUAUCAGCGGGGUUUUGGCAUCCUCUUCCUUCGGUUGGCCUGGAAUUUUCUACAUAUCAGGCGCCGCCGGACUUGUGUGGACCGUAAUGUGGUUCUUCUUUGGUGGUAACUCUCCGGUGGAACAUGGCACAAUUUCCGCCGAGGAACGAGAUUUUAUUGAAAACUCGCUAGGAAAUCAAGAUCAUAGCAAAAAAAUUGUAACUCCAUGGAAAGCGAUAUUUACGUCCGCACCAAUGAUUGCACUGAUCAUAACUCACAGCAGUCAUAACUGGGGCUUCUGGACACUCUUGACCGAAAUGCCAACCUACAUGAAAAACGUUCUUGAGCUAGAGAUCAAGAAAAACGCUCUACUUUCAAGUUUGCCCUAUUUGGUGAUGUGGAUUCUCAGCUUGAUUUUCAGUCCGAUAUCAGACUUUUUAAUAAAUCACCACUACCUGUCGCGGGUCGCCAGCCGAAAGGUUUUCAAUUCCAUCGGACUAUGGAUUCCAAUGUGCGCCCUACUCGGACUGGCCUUCGUUCCCGCCGGACAAACUGAUCUGGCUAUUGGCCUGCUCACGGCGGCUGUUGGCAUAAAUGCGGCUACCUACUUGGGAUUCCAGGUGAACCACAUCGAUUUGGCGCCCAAUCAUGCGGGUACCAUGAUGGGUAUAACGAAUUGUGCGGCAAAUAUCAUGUCUAUCAUUGCACCGCUUAUUGUUGGUCAGGUACUGGAUGAUGAUAAAGAUCCUGUCCAAUGGCGAACCGUGUUCUACAUUGCCGCGGGUGUAUACUUCUUCGGAAAUCUAGUAUUUGUCCUACUGGGAAAAGCAGAUAUUCAAUCCUGGAAUGAAUCCCAUCCAAGCAAGAAAGAUGAUGAUACCGAAGCUGCAUUGCCAAAUAACCGCGAACCAACCGAACGUCCCGUCAAUGUCACGGAUCAGUAAACAAGAGGAAAAUGAAUGCAUUUCGAUCAUCAUUCAUAGAGUAAACCUAUCACAAACAACACCCGGGAUUGGAUUGCCCGUUAACAGAACUGGAAUACCGUUACUACCGAGGAAGAAAGUACUUAGUCUAGUCCAAAGACGUUUUGAAGAAGCUACAAAAUUACGAAGCUCGUUUGAGGAAACAUUUUCGAAUGACAUUUCAGCAUAUCUAACAAAAAGGAUUAAACCCGAGUGCUCUUAUUAAUUGUGAAAAACAACAUGUGCAGGAAGAAAUUGUUUUCCAUUGCACUUUGUACGCUAAAAACCGAAAUGAAUUAAUAGAUGAGAGGGCUGUUAGUCAUUGUGUACAAAAUACUUCCUAGAAUUACAAUACAAAAAUAUUUUUAAUGAAUAUGUUAUUUAGAUCGUUAUAAGAUAAUAAAAAACGAAUAUUUACAA